AUGACGACGACGACGACGACACCGAAUCGCGUGCUGCUCAUCGACAACUACGACUCGUUCACGUACAACAUAUAUCAGUACAUGACGCAGCUCGGGGCGUCCGUCGACGUGAAGCGCAACGACGCGAUCACGAUCGACGAGAUCCGCGAGCUCCGACCCGACCGCAUCAUGAUCUCGCCCGGCCCCGGCUUUCCCGUCUCGGCCGGCGUCUCGUGCGACGUCAUCCGCGCGUUCGCCGGUCAGAUCCCCAUCGCCGGCGUGUGCCUCGGCCACCAGUGCAUGUUUGAGGUCUUUGGCGGCACUGUGGGCCACGCGGGCGAAGUGGUGCACGGCAAAGCGUCUGUGAUCCAGCACGACGGCAACGGCCUGUUCAAGGGCAUGGCGCCCGACUUCAACGCCAUUCGGUACCACUCGCUCGUGGGGCUGCCCGAGACGCUGCCGGACGUGCUCGAGGUCACGGCGACGGUGAAAGGCACGACGAUGAUCAUGGGCGUGCGGCACAAGGCGUUCAAGGUCGAGGGCUGGCAGUUUCACCCCGAGAGCAUCUUGACGGAAGACGGACUCACGCUCAUUCAGAACUUCCUCGACAUGUAG